AUGUCCUCUUCGCUUUUGAAUGAUCUCUACGCCGUGUCGGAAAACCGUGAUUUGUUUGAGCGGCUCCAAGAUGGUGUUGCUGCUGGGGAAAUUGCGACAAGCCCCGUCGCAACAACAGUUCUCCAAAAAGCGAGAAACGCAAUUCUCACUUGUUUAAAGACGGAGAGUACCGUAAAAUUGGAAAACUUGAUGCGAGGGUCUUCCGAGGAUGCCGAGAAUGGCAAGAUAUUGCUCCUGGGAGAAUGCAUUUUGGCCUGGACGGCGGCCCAACCCAAAAAGUACAAGGAGCUCCUCCGUACUGUGAUUACCGAAAAUCUUCGACGACAGGCCACGGGAAUCUAUUUGCGAGCUUGGAGAGAAUGGCUCUCCAUUUGGAUUGAGCAAUUGGAGGGCACUAUUAAGCCCGCUGAAGUCUUGAAUUUGCGAUACAUUCUAGCUGGUUGCACCGAUCAACUCCGUCCCGGGUUGGUGGGCGAGUCCUAUUACAAACUUGGAAAAAUGGCCGUUGCGGCGGGAAAAUUAAAGAAUGCCAAGCGGUGCUUUAACUGUGUCCGUAUGGACCUGGGGGACAACCUGACCAGUCCAUUGCCGAACCAUCUACGUUUUGAGGUUGGCGCCAUUUUGCACUGGUACCGCCUGAGCUGUGAGGAACUCAUCCAACUGCAGCCAGAGCAGGAGGCGUCCACUCGGGCCGACUUGGAAACGGUGGUGAAACAAGAUUUGGCCAAAAGCGCACCUACGGUCGUACCGAACGGUCCCAUGUGGGGGCCAAUUGCCAAGACGUACUUGUCCAGGGAACACUACAUUGGUGACAUGUUGGAAGAGCUUCAGGCUAGUAGCAGCGACGCCCCUACGUUGGCCAGGAUCUGCUACAAAUACGACUUUUGCCACGAGAUUGAUGAUUACCUAUUUGCGAUUGAACGGUUUACACUGCCGGCAAAGACGCGCUCAAACUAUGAACCGACCGUCCAAGAAGCUAUUGAUGUCUUGCAACGUAAGAAAAAUGGCAAGUCGGGCCGUCUCCCCAGAAAUCAACAGUCAAGACAAGCGGCACCGGCACCCGCUCCUCCACAAGUACCAGACCCUGGGCAAGGCAAUGAUGAGGACGAUGACCUCUUGACGCAGUUUCGAAAAGCUGUUUCCGAUCCUUCCUUCGAGGUUGCCACCGCCAGUUACUUUUUGGAAAGAUGUAACAGAGAUGUCCAGGCUGCUGCUGCCCUGUACUUUGAAGAGAGCCAAGACCUGUAA